AGCCUGCCCGCCCCUCCUAGCCCCGCAGCUCCAGGCUGCCUCAAUACAAACACACAGAACUGCUGUGAGUGUUAGCCAGUCCAGCGGACCAUUCAGAUGCCAUCACAAGGACAAGGAGAAGCCCUGUGACUCUCCCAGGACACCGGCUUGCCUCCCUGGGGGAUAAUGGGCCGGCGGAGUGCUGCCCCCACGUCUCCGUUCGGUGAACCAAGAAAGUUUGACCCAAAGUUUAAAGGCCCCAUUGGGAAAAGACACUGUACGGACGUAUUGUGUUGCAUUAUCUUUGUGGUGGUGAUCCUUGGAUACAUUGCACUAGGUGUAGUAGCAUGGAUUCAUGGUGACCCUAGGAAGAUAAUCUACCCAACAGACAGCUAUGGGCAGUUUUGUGGCCAAAAGGGUACACCUAAUGAGAACAAGACCAUUUUGAUGUAUUUUAACAUCCUCCGAUGUGCAAGUCCAGUUGUGCUAAUAAACCUGCAGUGCCCUACAACACAACUCUGUGUCUCAAAGUGCCCAGACCGAUUUGCUACCUACCUUGACAUGCAAGCCAACAGAUUCAAUAACAGUUACUGGGAAUACUACAAGCAAUUCUGCAAACCUGGUUUUGACAAGCCUCGAAAGUCUAUUACAGAAGUGUUACGGGAUGAAGAUUGUCCCUCUAUGAUAAUUCCAAGCAGACCAUUUUUACAGAGGUGCUUCCCAGAUUUUUCCACUCGAAAUGGUGUGCUGACAGUUGCAAACAAGACUGAAUUCAAAGAUGGGAUAGGACAAAUGAGAAAUGUAACAGAUCUCAGAUCAGCUGCCAAUGGUAUUAAUAAUGUGCUUGAUGCAAGAUCAGUUGGAAUGAAAAUUUUUGAGGACUAUGCCAGUUCCUGGUACUGGAUCUUGAUAGCUCUUUUUAUUGCAAUGGUUGUAAGCCUACUGUUCCUCAUACUGCUGAGGUUUACUGCUGGGGUGUUUUUUUGGAUUUUUAUCAUUGGCGUUAUUGGAGUUGUUGGAUAUGGCAUCUGGCACUGCUUUUGGGAAUAUGACAGCUUGAAAGGCGUUCCUGGAGCUGAUUUAACAAUAUAUGACAUCGGUUUACAGACGGAUUUUAGGGUUUACUUGCAGCUGAGACAGACAUGGUUAGCAUUCAUGAUACUACUCUGUAUAGUUGAAGUUAUCAUCAUACUGAUGCUGAUCUUUCUGAGAAACAGAAUCCGCAUAGCAAUUGCCCUUUUGCAAGAAGGUAGCAGGGCAAUUGGAUAUAUCAUGUCAACGCUGUUUUAUCCGAUCAUUACCUUCAUUUUAAUAGCAAUUUGUAUUUCCUACUGGGCUGUCACUGCAGUAUUCAUGGCUACCUCAGGCGAACCAAUAUAUAAAGUGAUGGCAAAUAAAACUUUGUGCAAAUAUGCAGAUAUCACUUGUAUUCCUGAAACCUUCAAUACGACCAAUGUGACUAGAUUGUGCCCAGGGGCCCAGUGCACUUUUGCAUUUUAUGGUGGGGAAAGCUUCUACCACCAAUACAUACUGAUCUUUCAGCUCUGUAAUGUUUUUGUAUUUUUAUGGCUUGUAAACUUUUCCAUAGCACUGGGUCAAUGUACCCUUGCUGGUGCCUUUGCCUCUUAUUAUUGGGCUUUCAAAAAGCCAGCAGAUAUUCCAGCAUGUCCACUCUUUUCUUCAUUUGGAAGAGCAAUAAGAUACCACACUGGAUCCCUGGCACUUGGGUCUCUCAUCCUUGCACUUGUUCAGUUUAUCCGAAUCAUUUUAGAGUAUUUGGAUCACAAACUCAAAGCUUCACAGAACUCCUUUGCUAAGUUCAUACUAUGCUGCUUGAAAUGCUGUUUCUGGUGUUUGGAAAAAUUCAUCAAGUUUAUGAACCGAAAUGCAUAUAUAAUGAUUGCUAUCUAUGGCAAAAACUUCUGUACUUCAGCAAAAGAUGCAUUUUUUUUACUUAUGAGAAAUGUUAUAAGAGUUGCUGUAUUGGACAAAGUAACAGAUUUCUUAUUAUUUCUUGGGAAAGUAUUUGUGACUGGCUCUGUUGGUGUGCUCGCUUUCUUCUUCUUCACAAGAAAAAUCCCAGUGCUUACAGAUGAAGCUCCAGCUUUAAAUUACUAUUGGGUACCUCUCUUGACAGUUCUCAUUGGGUCCUACUUGAUUGCACAUGGAUUCUUCAGUGUCUAUGCAAUGUGUGUUGACACCCUUUUCCUGUGUUUUUGUGAAGAUCUGGAAAGGAAUAAUGGCUCUUCUUCGAAACCUUACUACAUGUCACCUAACCUACAUAGGAUUCUGGGAAAAAAGGAAAUACUCUCAAAGAAGGCAAAGCGUUAAUUGUUCUUGCACUCUAACAAAAAGCACUUUUAACACAAUAACUAAAAACCAUAGGAAGUUCAUGAAGGUUUGACAGAAGUUAUUGAUUUUAUGCUUAAACUGUUCAAUCUGAACCUAUGGAUUCAUCAGAGCAGAACGUUUAUAUCAUGUGAAUCAGUGUUAAUGUUUUUAGUGCCUAUUUACACAAAGCUCUCAAUGUAUAAAGGGUUUUCCUAAAAAUGCUUUUAGGGUUUUAAUAUUUUUAUAAAGCUGGGUUCUAUAGAAGGGAACAGCAUUUUUUAAAAUAAAUGUUUUUCUUUUUCAUAAAAUACUUGAUACAAUGGUACAUUAAUAUAAUUAGCCAUAAACGUUUUCUUUUCAAUGAGAGAUCUGGCAAUGGGACUUUAUGUAAACGUCUGGUGCUAGAUAAUAUUUGCACUUCACAGGACACCCACUGAAACUGUAAUGUCAGCUUCCCAGAAUUCUCCAUGUUAAAACAACUCUGCCUGUCCCUUGUGCAACUGUAGGAGUACGCAGUUCUCAUUUGCAGAUUAUUGUUAAACAAAGGUUUAUAAUAAUGACGGCAAUGCUGUUGAAUUUGAUUGCCUCUAUAUUAAUUGAAACAGUUUACCAAAUUAAAAGGGUAGUUCACAAAACUUUUUUUUAAAAUAAAGUACCACUAAGUUCAUUUUCAAUUUUUUCAUGCUUUACAGUUAAAAAAUGUUUCUGUAUGUUUCCAAGUAGCAGCUCAGUAAGCUAGGUCUCAAGUGUUAAAAUCUGAUAUAUCAGUUGCUGACACUUCUCAGCAGCAGCAGCUUCAAUACUAAUAAGCAUGCUCCCUAUGCUCCCUAACUUGAACCUUGGCUUGAGUAAAGCACAGCUGCUUCUAGGAAACUUGGGAGUGGAAACCACAGUCAGACUAGACUGGCGGGACAUUGGGAAAAAAAAUAUGGUGGGCUCUACCAACCCAGACCUGCUCCCCCCAAAACCCUUAACCUCCCCAUGACAUUCUCCCGCGAUGACGGCUGCAACGGAGAAUACAAGGUGGGGGGGAUUGGGUGGACCUCAUGCAGAGGCAGGCCAAGCCGACCAGAUUCCCUAGGCAACCUGGUUGACCACUUCAGCCCUGCACCCUCCCUCCGUGUUAGUGCACACAUGCGCAAUGCAGUUACAGUGGGGGCAAGUGAGCACAGACCAGGGUUGAGACCUGCCUGGCACCUCGCCAUUGAUAUAUCCUAGGUGAGUGCCUUUUCUGCCUACCCCUAUUUCCGGCCCUGACCUCACUACUGGGGCGCACGACCCAAGGCCCUUGAGGCCCCCAAUGCUGGGGGAAACCAAUACAAAUGAUAGAAAAAUAGAAUACAUAAGUCAUUACACAAAUAUAAACAACACAUUUUUGUAUUGAUGACCUAUGCCUUUAAACUUCAGUUAGUUUUAGUCAAAAGUAUAAAGAUAAUGGGAUUAAAUUGGGUUGCCCCAUUAUUUGUGAUAUAUCAGUAAUAACCCCUACAUUGUUAUCAGUUCAUUGUUACUGUUUCAUAAGGGCUCUGGCACACGGGGAGAUUAGUCGCCCGCGACAAAACUCCCUGUUUGCGGGCGACUAAUCUCCCUGAGUUGCCGCCAGUUGCCAUCCCACCGGCGACAAUGUAAGUCGCCGGUGGGAUGGCACACGCAGCGGCGCGAUUUCAGGAAAUCGAUGAAAAAGCCUCGUGAGGCAACUUCGGUGAUUUCUCAAAAUUGCACCGCCGCGUGUGCCAUCCCACCGGCGACUUACAUUGUCGCCAGUGGGAUGGCAACUGGCGGCAACUCGGGGAGAUUAGUCGCCCGCGAACAGGGAGUUUUGUCGCGGGCGACUAAUCUCCUCAGUGUGUCUUCGCCCUAAAGGGCAAUGAAACCCCAAUCUCAGAAUCACUGGAUCCUAAGCUGGUGCUCCUCUUCUUUAAAAAAUGCACCAGCAUUGGGUAGGUUGUGCAAAAAGUGCCACCAACAUUUUAGUUGUUCUUCAAUAGUAACCCUGUGCCAAAUAAAAAUUGCAUAGUACAGAAACUGCCAGAGAAUCUGCCAAGUGUGGCACAGAGCAUUACUGAAAAGAAGAACGAAUCCCUCCUGCACCAGCCCUCAGUACUAAGUUAAUGAUAAGGGACAUGUCACAUGUGACAUUGUCUUCAUCUGUAGAAAAAACACAAAUUGAAAAAACGCUGAUAUGACACUGUGUGCAGUAAAUGAUAUGAAUGGCAUGCAUGCCAUAUUGGUGUGUUAACUGCUCACAUCUCGUAGCUGAUGGAGAAAAUGCCAUGUGUGACAAAGUGCUUAGAAAUUUCAGGGCGAGGGGUGCCAAACAAACUAUCACCCGUUUUUGGGUCAUUAAAAAAUUAAAAUAAAUAGCAUAAGACUCACUGAAAUUUUAGUAAAAUACACAUGCAUUACCAAAAUUUUGUUUAGAUAUCUAUCUUUGCAUAAAGCCUUGUCAUGGAGCUGACAAAGACCACAGUGAAACCCACAGUUUUCUUAUAUUGUGUGAUCUUACAGAUGCAGUAUAUAAAUAUAUAUAUACACACACACAGAUACUUGUGAAGACAUAUUGGAUGCUGUGGUUACUGUUACAACUUCCAAAUAUAACAUGUACAAUGAUUUCUACAUUUUUGUAUUUGAAGUGCAGACUUGAGACAUGAAAAGUCUCUCAAAACCAUACGCCUUUUGUAUGAUACUAAUGUACCCUAGGUCAUUCAUGACAUUAAAGGUAAUAUAAGCAAGCAAAUAAGUUAUGUAAGCUGAAUCACAUCCUGUCUCUUUCUGCCAAAAUUUAUUUUGGUGUCUAUUCAAAAUGUUCUGUUUCAUUUUUCUUUUAGUAGGCAAAAUAUGUACCAUGCGUAGGAGGCAUCAUUUUGGAUAAUACUAAUUGUCAUCAUAGAGACUGAUGCAAAGAACUAUUUUAUAACAACAUAAAAUAUUUACUCAAGAGAUUGCAAUUUAUUUAUUCAGAGAGAAUUUCACUUUCUAAGUAUUGGUUCAAGCAAAAUGUUUAACACAUUCUUAUAGAUCAUUUCUUAAGGCUAUGAUGUGGAAUUGAUAAAACCAUAAAUCAACAAGAGGCAACCUUGUGCUCUUCACAUGUUGCAGGACUACAACUUUAUGCAUCUCUAUAACAGUUAAAUUGGUGGCAGAAUGCUGAAAACAGUAAUUCUGAAAUAUCUGAGGCACCUAUAGUUGCAUACCCGAGUUAUAGACAAGGAAAAAUGUUUGCAGCAGAUUUAAAAGGGGAGACGAGAGCUAAUUUAUGAAGGAGGAGAAUCAAAUGUAAGUACAUCAGAUUCUUUGUGCUUACACCUUCUCUGUUGCAUGUCUGUUCACCCAGUGACACCCAGCUUAGAUCUUUAGCAUGCAUGGGAGCACUGUACUUGAUGGCUGCUCUCAAAAUCCUAUUAAGCAAGGGCCCAUGCUAAGCUUCUAAUGCAGUCUUCCCCCGUCCAGUCUUGAGGCAGUUUGCCACCAAGUUAGAAAAUCUUAUGGUGGGAACUUUGGUUCUGUGACACUUUUUAAAAUUAUUAUAAUAUAUGUUUCCUUGCAAAUGGAAUAUCACAAAUUGUUAUAUUAUAUAAAGGACCUUUUGUUAUAGGAAUUGUAUUUUGCAAUGAGUAUGAUAACAGGAGGAAGGGCUGCUACAAACUGCAAGUGCCUACAGUUACCAUAAGUAUGUCCUUGUACACAAAAGAGGGAUUUUUUUGUUAUUUUUUCCAAGAGUUUAUUUCAGGCCCAGACUGGCUAAACUAUAGGUUCUACCAAAUACUGGGGCUGCUGAAAGAUGCCAUAGACAGUUAUUAUUAAUUUGACCUGUUUGUGCCUGUUUGGGCCUUUGUGCAAUUAAAAAGAGAAGGCCUAGUUUCAAUCUCAGUUAAUUUACACAGGCAGUAUACAAUAACAAGUUAAAUUGGUAAAACACAAGCAAACGCGUAUAAAAUAUAUCAAACUAUAGAAUGAGCUUAUUUAGACUUAGUUCGUUUAAAUGGAAUUAUGUGAUUAGAUUGUGUUUGCUAAACUAUGAAAUAAUAUAAUGGAAGCAAAGUAAAAUUUACACUAUAGGCUUAACAGUGUUUGCAGAUAGGCACAAGAGCAUGCCCCUUAGUGCUUAUUCAACAGCCAACUUUGGCUUUUUUUGCACAUGUAAUGCAUUGUGAAUGCACCUGCUUGUCUUAUUAAAGAGAAAAUAUACUCCCUUUUUGGUAUGAGCUCAUUCAGUUGGGCUUAUGUAUGAAAAGUGUAUAACACUACAUCUUCAAGAAAGACAUAUAAAUGCAUUUUAUUUUUACACAGACUGAAAGGAAGCCAUGAUAUUGUAUCUAUGUGUUUGCCAGUUCUCCUGAUACCAGACUCUGACUGUAAUGCAGCAUCACCCUCACCCUAUUCCAUUGUGAAGGGAUGAUUCCAUUGUGAAGGGACUUAAAGUCCCUCUGCUUUUCAGAGAAUCCAUGCACCACUGACUAUGGAAAGCAGAGAGACUUCAAAUCCCAGAAUGUAUCACUUUACAAUGGAAUAAAGUUGGGGAGGGAGUUGCAUUACACUCAUAGCAUAAGGAAUCCGGAAUUAGCUUGAUUUAUGAUGGCUUCCUUCAGUUUGUGAAAUCAGGUUUUAUUUGUGUAAACAUUGCAUUUCUAUUUAUAUAUGGAAGUUCAGAUAGUGUUAAUGCACCUUUUCUACAAAUUCACCUGAAUGAGCUCAUGUAAAAAAGGGGAUAAGGUGGUGUACCAGAACUAAAAUCUAAAUAUAGAGGGAUAUAUUUCUAAAUCUACACAAGUUAAUCCUCAUUUUAAUUGAAACCAUUGCUGGGAACCACUAUUCCUGAAAGUGAAACAAAACGCAAUCUAUUACUGACACAACCAAAUUGAAGUCUUCUUCUGUAAAAGUUAAAAGUACAAUUUCUUUUUAUUCAAAGACAGAGCAGUACAGAAUAAGGAAUCCUUAUUUCUAAUGUCCGUGUUACUAUAAUUUGUACAGCACACAGCAUAACUAUUUAUAGACAUGACAGUCUAUUCACUGAAAGCAUGUAUUAAAAUAUAAUUGUGAGCGACGUGUGUUAUUGAAACAUGAAAAAAGAAUUCCGAUUGUGUAUUUUUUCCACUGCUUAUGAUGAAGCUAUUUACUAUGUAUCAUUUUUGUUCUCAGUGGAAGAUUCGGAGAGAAAUGAUGGCUCUGCCGAAAAACCAUUUUAUAUGAAUAAAACUCUUCUGAAGAUCUUGAACAAACAAAACAUGCCCAGAACACAGUAAAAAGUAAAAAAAAAAAAAA